UAUUUUUUUUAAGAAUUCAUUUCCCCGAAUGUUUACAAAGUUUUCAAGCGUACCGUUAAAUUAAAUUCCUUACCAAUUUUAAUUUAAAGUUUCAUAGUUCCACAGUCGACGUAGCUGAAUUAUCGUCCCUUUACGUCCCUAUUGUUAGCUAAGAUGGGUGCAGGACAAAUUGGAGGAAUUGCUACUUUGCUGGAGUUCGAUUUUAAUAAUGCCGCUGGUUUCGUUGGCAAGCCUGCCACAAAUCUUGAUGGACAAUAUGUUGUGUAUUACUUUUCCCAAGCCAUGCUGUUCUGCACGGGGGCGCUCCUGGAGGCCCACAUGGUGUUGACGCCCGCCGUGUGCGUCUAUGGAGAGGACUUCAUGUUCAAUGUCUACGGCGGCACGCACAGAUUUAAAGAGGGCGUUGGCACGAAAAGACAAGUUGAAAACAUUUGUAUGCAUAGAGCUUACAACCACUCGGGGCGAUGGAAUCACUGCACGACCGACAACAUUGCAUUGCUCGUGCUGGACAGACAGUUUGUGUUGCGCCAGUACGAGCCGAACACAGAGUACAUCAUUAACAGGGUGCGCUAUGGUGUUAGCAUGGAGGCUCUGAUGGAGAAGAAUGUGGAAAUCAGGUGCCGGUACUACGGGUGGGGUAGUCGGAGGAAUGGCUUUCUGCUGCCUUUGUUAAUACAGAUGCGUAGGGUGGACGUCAAAAUUAUGAACAACUGUGAAGAAAUGUGGAAUACUGAAGGCAAAUUUCUAUGCUUGAGCCAACCAAAUUGUAUAAAUGAGAAGUUUGGAGCAUUGUGUCCGGACGAUUUAGGCUCAGUGGUCGUAUGCGGCGGUUAUAUCCAGGGCAUGAUGACCUCCGAGCUCAUCGACCGGCCCUGCGGCGUGGGGUUCCUGGACCUCUCCAAGUACACCAAAUUCCUGGAAUGCGCGGUUGACGACUCCCGCGACGCCAUCAAGGAUCAGCCGCCGGUAAUUGUGGCUCCAGUUGAUGUGCAAAACGCUCCAGAGCAACCGGGCGAAACCUCACCGAUCACCUUGCCGACAGAGAAGGCUCCAAAUCAGGCAGGAGAUGCAAGAAUGGGCAAAGAGUACGAAUAUUAA